AUGGCAAUGAUGACAAUGCAGAUGGGAGGACUGAUGAUGGCCGCACUGGGCUGGCUGGGCUCCAUCCUCACCUGUGCCCUGCCCAUGUGGAAGGUGACAGCCUUCAUCGGCUCCAAUAUCGUGGUGGCCCAGGUGUUCUGGGAAGGGCUGUGGAUGAACUGUGUCUACGAGAGCACAGGGCAGAUGCAGUGCAAGGCCUACGACUCCCUGCUAGAGCUCACCUCUGACCUGCAAGCUGCUCGUGCCCUGGUGGUCACCUCCAUCUUCGUGGCCUUCCUUGCCUUCUUCAUCGCCCUCUCGGGAGCUGACUGCACCCGCUGCGUGGAUGACAACAGCACCAAGAAUAGGAUCUCUGCAGUGGCAGGUGUCAUCUUCAUCAUGGCCAGCAUCAUGCUGCUCAUCCCUGUCUCCUGGUCUGCUAACAGCAUUGUCAGCAACUUCUACAACCCCAUGGUGCCUGAGGCCCUCAAAAGAGAGCUGGGGGCUGCCCUCUACAUUGGCUGGGCUUCCAGUGCCCUGCAGCUCUUCGGUGGCGGUGUCCUGUGCUGCUCAGGAUCCCAGUCCCAGCAGGACCCCUACCCUAAGAAGUAUAGGGCAGUGAAAACCUGCGGCCCAAUGGGCUAUGCCAUGAAGGACUACGUGUGA